AUGCUUCGACAAUUGAAUAAUCUAUCCAAACUUACAACAUCGUCACUCAAGUAUGCAGCCAACAACACGGCCGCUGCCUUGGUGAGCCUGAGCGCCUCCACACGAGAUGAUCCAACACUGCCUUCGCCGCACGUCAUUGCAUAUUGGAUAACUGAAACUCAAAGAGGAUUGGAUGCCUUCUUUAAUGAUGAAUUCGAAUUGGCACAAUCGAUUUUCAUGCAACAUCAUUUGGAAUCGCCUUUUCAUGCUGUUGGAUUCGCUCUUAUUGCCUAUGUAGAAGCGAUGCUUGGUUUUGAAUCAGAUAAAAUACAAACCGCCCUCGAACGUAUUGCGGCAGCAGAAGCCUUAGCUCGACAAUUUUCCAAGAAGGCGCGGAGAAGGAGCUGGCAUCAUGGUCAUCAUUCACAGCAACAGCAACAGCAUCGAUAUACCAAAUACACAACAGCAACAGAAGAGUCGGCAUGGACAGCAUCAUCAUCGUCGUCGUCGUCAACUACGACAGCAGCAGCUCCUUGUCAUACUCUUUUUGAUACCCCUAAUAACCCUAUUAUAUCCAUCUCAUUCGAGGGCAACAACAGCAAUACCAAUGACACAACGAGACGGAAGUCGAAACCGCUAUCACCAGAGAUCCAGUACGAGCUGCUAGCUACCAACUGCAUGCUCAUGUCAUCGACCAUUCAAUUCCUCAGAAACAGUUGGCUGGAAUACAUGAAGGCAGCCUACAAACUUCGGAAAGCGUAUAAAUUGUACGAGCACAUGUUUGAAUCGCUCACAGGACAGAAAGCGUCCGAGUAUGCUAGUCAUUUAAAGAAAAAAGGGAGUAGCAGCAAGAAGGCUUCUUUUUCUUUUUCUACGCCAUCAUCCGGUACCACAACCAAUAGCGCUGAAUCACUGUCCAGCAUGUUGGCUAAUUCAGCUCAAGUAAGAGCCUCUUGGAACGAAAAACGGCUCAGCUUAUUUCACAUGUCGCGCCAACCGAGCUUUGAUGUAUCAUGCAAAAAGAGGCCCAUGUCAACGCUGGAUUGCUUGAUGGAGGAUUCGUCUUUUACUGUGAUUGAUAAUGCCAUUGAAAGUGGCAUCUUUUUUGGCAUUGGACUAUUUAGCCUGAUAUUCUCAUUGCUACCACCAAGAGUCAACAAAAUCUUGAAUACACUCGGAUUUCAUUCUUCCCGCCCUUUUGCACUCCAUUUACUCACUCGAUCAUUCAACAAUCAGGGCCUUUAUUCAUCGCUGUCAGCACUUUCGUUGCUCGCUUAUUAUACCAACUUGUCCCUGUUUAUACACCCACAACUGUUACCCAACUCGCUCAGCUUGGAAAAUGCACGACACAUACUGGAUCAGAUGAAACUAUCAUUCCCUCACGGUAAGAUAUGGAAACUACUAGAGGGAAAGCUCUGCAAAAUGGAGGGCAAAACCAGACGAGGCGUGGAAAUUCUUCGAGAUGCCAGACGCAGAGAAAAUACACGCGUUGACCUUGGCACUGCGGCUGCAACAUUACCACCCAAGAAGAAAAAGGCGGAUGUAUGUGAACUGGCCCAACUUCAAGCAUUAGCAGUGUAUGAGAUGGGAUGGUAA